AUGGGCCAGCAAAUCUCUACUCCCGCAAUGCCCAUGGAAGAGCCACCUCCUUUGAAGUUUACACUGUUUCCCAAACUUCCACCAGAGUUGAGAAACAAGAUCUGGGAGUUUGCCUUACCUGGUCCACGAAAGAUCACGAUCGAGUCAUGGGAUUGUGUCACCGUCUACCGCAAGCUCCAACAUCGUCAUCGACAACAGCAAAACAAAUCCGAUAUCCCUGUCACUCUUCGUGUCUGCCGCGACUCUCGCGCGAUAGCACUGAAACACUACUCCCUCGCCUUCAGAUACCGCCUUCUCCGAACCGUUUAUUUCGACUUCGAUAUUGAUACCCUGCAUCUUGUUGAUGAGUACGCCUUAAGGGCUUUUACCCAAUCCUACGAUGGCGAAUUCGAAGAAGAGAGAGCGGAAUUGAACGUCAGGAGACUUCACGUUGGCAUUGAAUUCGAAACCAUCAGAGGUCAUCCAUUUUCUCGCAUAAAAGACUUCGAUGCCUUGCAGCACCUGACCAUCGAGUUUUACAACUAUAUUCCUUUCGCCAGUCCACUCAAUGACAAGGAUUUGGUGUUCGCAUUCCGUCGGCGAUGGGAGAACGAUAUAUAUGGAUGGACGAAGGCAGCGAAAGUUCCAAAGAAUACUCGCCUUCGGUACUGCUACAGAGAACUUCAGUUGCCACAGCUGGUUUCUGCCAAUUCUGAGGUAUUUGAGCUCCCUGAGGAUAUUUUAUAA